GUAUCUUGUGUGUUCCUUUUUUUCUUUAUCUGCUUCACUGUCAUCGUCAGCAUAGCUGGAGCGACAGCGGUGCGUGCAUUGGCUGCGGUAUGGUGCACAAGUCUGCUGAACCCUUUUUUGCUUUUCAAAUAUAAACGCAGUCUUUCCUUUGUGGAGGUCAUCACCCCGAAGUCGCAUUGCACAGUUGUCGCUGUUUCUCUCUCUCUCCGAGAUUCAUUCCCAACUGUUGCGGUGUUCGCGGCGGCUCUGUUGGUGUUGAAGAUCUUCUUCUCUUUCUCUUUUCUUUUCGUUUCUUUUCUGAAGUACAGCUUAUCCAAAGAAAAAUAUGUGGGGUUUCCUGAGCGAUGUGCGGGAGUCGGUGCGGCAGGUGGUGGCGCCUCCGCCGGGAGCCGCAUCGAGCAACGGCAACAGCGGCGGCGGCACAAGCGGCGCGGCAAAUGCGAGCCGCAUCGAGGAGACCGUCAGCGGACUCACCGCGCAGCUUUUUCGGCUCUGGGGUAGGGUGAACAGCACGGCAUCGCAUGCGCUGCAUGAGGCCUUCGACGAGGCAGUGCCGCUCAGGGAAGAAAGCGUCCCCCCUCUUUUUACUCUUUCUGCCGAGCAGCGGGCCGUGCUGUCCACGGAGGAGCUUCUGAGCCUGUUGGCCGACGGUGUACGGCAGACCGCCGAUCGCGCUCGCUGCGCGCUCGACGAGGCGAGCUUCCUCCUCGACCUCAGCAUCGAGGAGCAAAUCGCUCACACGGACGACUACGUGGCGUGCUACGAGUGGUGGGAUCGAGCGGUGAAUAGACGACUGCUGACGUGUCAGGGGAUUAUCCAAACGCGUCUUACACCGUCGGAGACGUCCGCCGAACAGGGCGUCAUCGUGGCGCGCCUGGCGAGGCAGAUGGAGGCGAUAUGGCGGGACUCAACGCAGCCGAUGGCAGCCGUGGCGGCGAGGGGUCGUCUUUUGAAGGACGAGCGGUACGACUUACUCCGUUCCCUACCGGCCACGUUUCAAGCAGAGGCGGAGCCGACGGCGAAGUCCGCGGGUCUUGGACAUUCGAAUGUCGACAGCGCUAUCACCGCCGCUGCUGCCGCCGCCCCUCCGAAGCCGUACGUGCCGCAGUUUAAGCCGUUCGACGCACAGGCCGUGCCUCGAGACCCCACGGCACCUCUCCCCGCGUCGUUGCAGAUGGCUACCUCGACGACAGCUCCGCCAGUAGAUGGGGAACGGAAUGAGGGCGACCACCAAUCCGUCGCAGCAGCGGCACCAUCUGCGUCCGUGCAGCCGCGUGAAGCCGCUGAGGAGCAGGCCCGCAUUGAGCGUGCAGCCGCUGAGGAGCAGGCCCGCAUUGA